AUGCUUGGAAUACAGAAAGGAAAGCGAAGUCAUAGCACUUCUGAUCACGCCACGGAGCAUUGGGACUGUAUCGGAAAACGGCACCAGACGGCACACAAGUUCUUCAGGCACAUGAAAAUUGUCCGUCCCGCAUGCGAAUUCGUCUCCAAGAUUGGCGAGUCCAGAUCCACAGCCAUACCACAUCAAAAGGCCCAUGGCUUGUUCAGGACUCGGAGCGGCUUGGAUUUGACUGGGGUCAACGACGAGGAAGUUGGCAUGCCCGGCCCUGACUACACCUUCGAGACUAGCUGGGCCUCAACAUUCUCCACGUUCCCCUCGACAGCAGCUGGCUUUCGUCAAGUUCGUCUGGCAAGCACGGCAGAUGUAGACCCCAGUCUCUGGAGCAUAUUUCGAUUUUAUGGAGCGACUACCCGCAGCAUGGCUGUUGAGAACACGCAAAGUGGCCACCAUCUCGUACAUUUCCCGUAA